GGGAAGAUGCUGCGCGAACGGACCGUGCGGCUGCAGUACGGGAGCCGCGUCGAUGCGGUCUACGUGCUGGGCACCUACCUCUGGACCGACGUCUACAGCGCGGCCCCAGCCGGGGCCCAAACCUUCAGCCUGAAGCACUCAGAGCGCGUGCGGGUGGAGAUCGUACGGGACGGGCAGGCUGAGGAGGUGGCCACCAAUGGCAAACAGCGCUGGCCUCUGUCACCUAGUACCACACUGCGGCUCACCAUGAGCCAGGCGAGCACCGAGGCCAGCAGUGACAAGGUCACCGUCAACUACUAUGACGAAGAAGGGACCAUUCCCAUCGACCAGGCGGGGCUCUUCCUCACGGCCAUUGAGAUCUCCCUGGAUGUGGAUGCAGACCGGGAUGGCGUGGUGGAGAAGAACAACCCAAAGAAGGCGUCCUGGACCUGGGGUCCCGAGGGCCAGGGGGCCAUCCUGCUGGUGAACUGUGACCGAGACACACCCUGGCUGCCCAAGGAGGACUGCAGUGAUGAGAAGGUCUACAGCAAGGAAGACCUCAAGGACAUGUCCCAGAUGAUCUUGCGCACCAAAGGCCCCGACCGCCUCCCCAUCGGAUAUGAGAUGGUUCUCUACAUUUCCAUGUCGGACUCGGACAAAGUGGGCGUGUUCUACGUGGAGAACCCGUUCUUCGGCCAGCGCUACAUCCACAUCCUGGGCCGGAAGAAGCUCUACCACGGGGUCAAGUACACAGGCGGCUCUGCAGAGCUACUGUUCUUCGUGGAAGGCCUCCGUUUCCCCGACGAGGGCUUCUCGGGCCUGGUCUCCAUCCAUGUCAGUCUGUUGGAGUACAUGGCCGAGGAGAUUCCCCUGACGCCCAUCUUCACAGACACCGUGACAUUCCGGAUUGCUCCGUGGAUCAUGACCCCCAACAUCCUGCCUCCUGUAUCGGUGUUUGUGUGCUGCAUGAAGGACAACUACCUGUUCCUAAAAGAGGUGAAGAACCUGGUAGAGAAAACCAACUGUGAACUGAAGGUCUGCUUCCAGUACAUUAACCGAGGCGACCGCUGGAUUCAGGAUGAAAUUGAGUUUGGCUAUAUUGAGGCCCCCCACAAAGGCUUCCCUGUGGUGCUGGACUCUCCCCGAGAUGGAAUGCUGAGAGACUACCCCAUGAAGCAGCUCCUGGGCCCAGAUUUUGGCUACGUGACCCGGGAGCCCCUCUCUGAGUAUGUCACCAGCCUUGAUUCCUUUGGGAACCUGGAGGUCAGUCCCCCGGUGACUGUGAAUGGCAAGACAUACCCCCUUGGCCGGAUCCUCAUCGGGAGCAGCUUUCCUCUGUCCGGCGGUCGGAGGAUGACCAAGGUGGUACGUGACUUCCUGCACGCGCAGCAGGUACAGGCGCCCGUGGAGCUCUACUCUGACUGGCUGACUGUGGGCCACGUGGAUGAGUUCAUGACCUUCGUCCCCAUCCCAGGCACAAAGCAAUUCCGGUUGCUCAUGGCCAGCACCUCAGCCUGCUACAAGCUCUUCCGAGAGAAGCAGAAGGAAGGUCAUGGGGAAUCCAUCCUGUUCAAAGGCUUGGGUGGCAUGAGCAGCAAGCGAAUCACCAUCAACAAGAUUCUGUCCAAUGAGAGCCUUGUGCAGGAGAACCUGUACUUCCAGCGCUGCCUGGACUGGAACCGCGACAUCCUCAAAAAGGAGCUGGGACUGACAGAACAGGACAUCAUUGAUCUUCCUGCCCUGUUCAAGAUGGACGAGAAACGCCAGGCCAGAGCCUUCUUCCCAAACAUGGUGAACAUGAUCGUGCUCAACAAGGACCUGGGCAUCCCCAAGCCGUUCGGGCCCCAUGUUGAGGAGGUAUGCUGCCUGGAGACCCAUGUGCGUGCCCUGCUGGAGCCCCUGGGCCUUGACUGCACCUUCAUCGAUGACAUUUCUGCCUACCACAAGUUUCUGGGGGAAGUCCACUGUGGCACCAAUGUCCGCAGGAAGCCCUUCACCUUCAAGUGGUGGCACAUGGUGCCCUGACCUGCAGGAGCCCUCAUACUUCCCUCCUUCCUGAGUUCUCCAGACCCCUCAAGCCCCCUAGAUCCUCCCCCUGCCUGACAUGGACUGGAGGACCCUGCUGGGAGACCUUGAAGAAAUGGGGUGGGAUCUGGGGUAUCUGUGCCUCGUCCUCCCCGAGAAGGGCCUUGGUGUCCAUUGAAGCCACCACUCUGUCCUUCCUGAAAAUAGCUGGGCAUUUGGCCAGUGUCUGUAUAGCCCCCACAUGAGAAACAAAACAAAACAAAACCCAAAAACAUGUAUCCAAACCAUUCCCCAAAGAAUUCUUAGUCUCCAGUCCCAAACUGAAAGAGGGGGGAACAGAAGGAGGUCUUUGACGGCAACUUCUCCCAGCAGCCAUGCCCCAAAGUCCAAGAUAGAACACAUGGAAAGGGACCCUGUGACCCAAGAUAUACCUUGAACUGCCACCAUCAUUUCAAAUUCAUCUCCCUUGGAGUUUCCAGGUGGCCACCCCCAAUUGUUCAUUCCUUACCAGCCUCUCUUUACUCCCUCUUGGCUUUCUCUCUGCAGUGUAGACACCAUUGGCUAGCCCUCCCUGCUCUUUGAGGGUCCAAUAAUGUAGCUUAGAAUCUUCCCUGGAAACAGAUUUUAUCAGAGCAAUUUCUCCAUUUGUGAGAUGCAGACACAGGCUCCCCCAGAUGCUUGGGGACUUCUCCCCAGACCAGCAUCUUGUGGUAAAGAUGCCCCAGGUCAGCCACAUCUGUCUUCUCCUGCCUGUUCCUUGAUUCUCUGGCCAGUCCCUGACUUGCCUCCUCCCACCACCUUGACUUCCUUCCUGUUCCUGAUGCCGUCUCUCCGGGCAGCUAGACAAGCACUUCAUCAUCAGCCAGAUUCAGACCUUCCCCAGGGCAUAAUUAACAAACUUCCCCUCCUCCCCAGACAUCAGGCCCAACACUUAAGGACCCUGGCCUACCCUCCAGACCAUGGCCAGUUCUGGGCCUUAAAGGCAAACUGAUUAUCCUAUUGAAAUUCACCAGUGCAUUUGCCAUAGACCCUCUCAUUUGGAUGUAUCCAGAUUAAUUCCCUGGCUCCAACUGAAAAGACUCAGUUGCAACUUUAAGAAAUUCCUUUAGCUCCAGGAGAAUAAGUGAGCUAUAAUUCCACUUUGAAAGUUAAAGUUUAUAAAUUUGUGUUCUUGGGGAAACGGUAUUUUCAUUUUAGAUUAUUUCGUUCAACCAUUCAAUGAACAUUUGUGUGCCUAAGUGCCAGGCCCAGUGUUGGGCUCUGAGAAUACAGCGGUUAGUAGCAAACUGGAUCUGGUCCCUACCCGCAUGGAACUGGUCAGUUCCCAACAUGCAAAGCCCACAUGUAAAUGGCCAGCAUCUGCCCCUUCAGUGAUGUGCUCUUUAGAAAUCCCAGUCCACUAUAUUCAGGAAAUGCACAGGUCACAAACCUUCCUGCAAGUCACUGUCUUGGUGAAAUGGGAGGUGGGGUCUUCUUUAAACAGGGCCCCUUCCCGUCCAGCUGGGCCAAUACCACCUAUCAGAUCAGACCCCAGAGCCUUCAGAAGCUGUUGUCCCCCUUCUAGGGACAGUGGCUCCUGUCUUUGAGGGCCAAAGCCCCAGAUCUUCUCUCCAGCCCCAGAGCUAAAAACACCAAGUGCCUCUUUGAGGGUGUUUAUCUGGAGACUUAGAGUUUGUCGUGUGUGUUUGGUUAAUGUGGGUUUAUGGGCUUGCUUUCAUUUAUUUCUAGUCUAUGUUAAGGGGAGUGAGUACCUCCCAUGUGGAGAUAGUGUGUUUUUCUAGAUUUUUCUAAGGCUCUCCCCAUCAAUAAGUCAGUAAUGUCUGAUGUUUCUGGAGCCCCCAGGGCUCAGACACCUGUUCCCAUCUCACUUGCCCAGCCAGUAUGACGAUCGACCCCUGGCGUGGACAAGCCCCCCUGGACUCAUCAGUCUUCCCCACCCAUGACUUUCUAUAAAUGUGAGCCUCAAACAGGCUUCGCUGUUGCACAACUCAGCUAACUUCCUGUUUCUAUCUUUAUUUGGAAAUGUUUCAUGUAAGAGGUCAUGGGGGUGUCAUGAAGAUGGCCAGAAGCAGGGCACAGUUUCAGAUUUCUGGAAGAGAGGCCGUGAUGGAGAUCAAAAGAUGUUUGGGGAAGAGCCUGACUA